AGCGACUCUGGCUUCAUCAACCCUGCGCUUCUGCUGGAUCGGGUUGAGGAUCUCACUCUCUCUACGAUCUCCGUCACACUGUUAAGAUACUCACCUUCGCAAUGCCAAGUCGACUCGUUCUUCUUCUUUCACUCGCCACUCUCCUCCUCUUCUCCUCCCUCUCCCCGACUAUCUCCAAAGACCUCCAAGACGACGACGAAGACGAAGACCUCAGCUUCCUCGAAGAACCCGACGACCAUUCCCACCUCUCGUAUCCGGAGCAUUCUGACGAGGAACCCCUCGAAGAUGACGAUCUUGAUAACUUCGAUGAUCUCGACGAUCCGGUCGAUCAGGAUGGGUUUAAGGAGCUGGAAGUGGACGACCCAGAUGUCGUCGUUCUGAAGGAGGGUAAUUUCAGCGAGUUCGUGGAGGAUAACCGGUUUGUGAUGGUGGAGUUCUAUGCACCGUGGUGCGGCCACUGCCAGGCCCUGGCGCCGGAGUACGCGGCGGCAGCUACUGAGCUCAAGGGUGAGGACGUGGCCUUGGCCAAAGUGGACGCGACGGAGGAGGGCGAUUUGGCUCAGGAGUACGAUGUUCAAGGGUUCCCGACUGUGUAUUUCUUCGUAGAUGGGGUUCACAAGCCUUAUACUGGCCAGAGGACCAAAGAAGCUAUAGUGACCUGGAUUAAGAAGAAGAUAGGACCUGGUGUCUACAACUUAACCACCUUGGAUGAUGCUGAACGCAUAUUGACUUCCGAAAGUAAAGUUGUUUUGGGCUACCUCAACUCUUUAGUGGGCCAUGAGAGUGAGGAGCUCGCGGCUGCUUCAAAGAAUGAAGAUGAUGUCAACUUUUACCAGACUGUGAAUCCUGAUGUGGCAAAGCUUUUCCAUGUUGACCCUAAAGUUAAACGCCCUGCUUUGGUCCUUCUAAAGAAGGAAGCAGAGAAAUUGAGUUACUUUGAUGGCCAAUUUGUUAAAUCUACUAUUUCUGAGUUUGUAUCUGCCAACAAGCUUCCUCUAGUUACCACUUUUACUAGGGAAAGUGCCCCUUUAAUAUUUGAAAGUUCCAUUAAGAAACAGCUGUUGCUAUUUGCCACUUCAAAUGACACAGAGAAGGUUGUCCCAAUAUUUCAGGAGGCAGCAAAGUUUUUCAAAGGGAAGCUUAUCUUCGUGCACGUGGAAAUGGACAAUGAAGAUGUUGGAAGACCUGUUUCAGAUUAUUUUGGUGUCACUGGAAAUGCUUCCAAAGUUCUUGCAUACACAGGAAAUGAUGAUGCCAAGAAAUAUGUACUAGAUCAGGAAGUGACCUUGGAUAGCGUCAAGGCUUUUGGGGAGGACUUCCUAGAAGACAAGUUAAAACCUGUCUUCAAGUCAGAUCCAAUUCCUGAGAGUAAUGAUGGGGAUGUGAAGAUAGUGGUUGGGAAUAAUUUUGAUGAAAUUGUUCUGGAUGAGUCAAAGGACGUUCUCCUUGAGAUUUAUGCUCCUUGGUGCGGGCAUUGCCAAGCAUUGGAGCCCACAUACAACAAGCUUGCCAAUCAUCUACAUGGCAUUGAGUCUCUUGUUAUAGCCAAGAUGGAUGGAACAACAAAUGAGCAUCCCAGGGCAAAGUCUGAUGGCUUCCCCACACUUCUCUUCUUCCCGGCAGGAAACAAGAGCUUUGAUCCAAUUACUGUAGAUUCUGACCGUACAGUGGUUGCAUUUUAUAAAUUCCUCAAGAAGCACGCAUCAGUCCCUUUCAAGCUCCAGAAACCAACUUCAACACCAAAUUUGAAAAGUUCUGAGGCCAAGGAGAGCCUUGAGAGCAGCACUAAUGAGUUGAAGGACGAAUUAUGAGGAUUUUAAUGGCAUGUUACUGAAGUAGUACUUAUCAUUUAUAUGCCAUCAGCAAGGUUGAAAAGCUAUAGUUGUCAUAUAGAUUAAGUUAGAAAGAAAAUAUCAGAAUUUAAUCCCCUUCUGAGAAGAAAAAAAUAAAAAAUACAAGGAUGUAGCAUGUCUAACUUUUGCAUCUUCUAUUUGUGUUGCUGAAGAUUAUAAUAAAAAUCUAUUAUCUGUAUUUUGCCGGAUUACUCUCACUGUGUUACAGAUGCCCUUGUAAAGCCCUUAAAAUGAAGGUUUGAACUUCCAUGGAGAGCAUUAUUGUCUUUAUGAUGGCAGGAUCGAGAGGUUUGGCUGUUUAUGCAUAGUUAUUCGGUAUAUGGGUGUCAACCAGCCAGAUAAGGGAAGGAGGAUGCUUGGUUGAAAGGAAAAGAUAAGAAGGAAAGAAAAGAGGGUGAGGACUGUCACACUUUUUCUCCUCAUGUUGCAUUUAUUUCUUUCAACUCUAUCAUGCCUUAGGAUGGAUGGUUCACAUGUUACAAAUUCAGCACAAUGAGGCUGACUUGGGAAAGAAGACAGAGAAGAUUGUCAUCAUCUUGAUUGCUUGUGCAUGUAAAUAUUUGGGGUGGGAGACUAACCUCUCUUGUUUUUCUUUCUUUCUUUUUUAAUAAUUUUUUAUGCCACCAUCACAUAUAUAUUUAUAUGUAUUUAAUUUUUUUUAUUCUGUCAAAAUUAAGGUGGGAUGAAUUGU